UUUGCCAUAUCGGUGAAUGGAGAACAACAGGAAAUGAAUACCUGGGGAGAAUCAUAACUUUAACAUAACACUUAAAGCACCAGGGUUCAUAUAGAAAAUGUUCAGAUUUUAUUUAGUGCUUUUAAAAGCUCUGUGUUGAAAACAGUGAGAAAUAAAGACAUAACUUCAGAUUCUUCUAUCUGUUCUGGGCUCCACUUGAUCCUCCAUCCAGUGUCUUAUAAUUCACUAAAACUUACUGAGCUAAAUAUUAAUGAGACGUUUGCUGCCUUCCACAAAAAAGCUCGUCCAUCAGUGUUGCUAAUGAGGCAGCUCAUGAUGGUUCAGUCAAAGUAAUAAAAUGACCAGCAGUCUGAUCUUUAUUGUUAAUGAUCUUCUUAUUGAGCAGUGAAAGGAAAUAAAAUGUUUAUUUGUCUUUUGCUGUAAAUAUUUACUUACUGGGGUUUUUUUUUUUUGUUUGUAUUGCAGAGCCACAGCUAACAGCUGGCAGCUAACAGAUAGCAGCUAACAGCUAAUAACUGCCCGCGGGGUCCUGCGCGUCACAUUUUCACUGGCUCGUUGCUGUUUACAAGUUUUAGUCAGGCACAGCAGCGGCUGCCCCGAGGGGUCCUGCGCGUCACAUUUUCACACACGUGUUAAGGAACAUGGCGGACCUUCAGAUGAAGCUGCUGCGAAAGAAAAUCCAGAAAAGGACCGAAAAGAACCGGGAGAGGAAACAGAAGCGGAGAGAAGAGGAGGCAGGGAGGUCCAACGGGCCGGAUGCGGAAGGCUGGGAGGAACCAGCUGCUGCUGCUGGUCCAACAGAACCAGAGCGGAACCAGCAGAACCCGGCCGAGGAAGAGGAGGCCGAGGAAGAGGAGGCCGAGGAAACUCCUCUGAAGAAACAGAAGAAGAAGAAGAAGAGGAAGCUAGCAGAGGGAGCCGCAGUUUCAGCUGAGAAAAAAAUCAGGACUGAGGAAGAGGAUGGAUUGGACAUUACUGAUGAAGCUGUAGUGGAAGAGGAGCCUGAACUACCCACAGGACUGACAGGCGCAUUCGAGGACACCUCGUUCGCCUCUCUCGCCGGCCUGGUGGGUGACCACAUCCUGAGGGCGAUCAAGGAGAUGGGCUUCGAACACAUGACCGAAAUCCAGCACAAAACCAUCCGCCCUCUGCUGGAGGGAAGAGACAUCCUGGCUGCUGCUAAAACUGGCAGCGGGAAAACAUUGGCCUUCCUCAUCCCGUCCAUCGAGCUCAUCAACAAGCUCAAGUUCAUGCCCAGGAACGGUACCGGCGUGGUGAUCCUGUCUCCGACGCGGGAGCUGGCCAUGCAGACGUACGGCGUGAUGAAGGAGCUGAUGGCGCACGACGUCCACACCUUCGGCCUCAUCAUGGGUGGCAGCAACCGCUCCGCCGAGGCCCAGCGGCUCGCCAACGGCGUCAACAUUCUAGUGGCCACGCCCGGCCGCCUGCUGGACCACCUGCAGAACACGCCGGGCUUCAUGUUUAAGAACCUGCAGUGUCUGAUCAUCGACGAGGCCGAUCGGAUCCUCGAGGUCGGCUUCGAGGAGGAGCUGAAGCAGAUCAUCAAGCUGCUGCCCAAGAAGAGGCAGACGAUGCUGUUCUCUGCCACCCAGACGCGCAGGGUGGAAGACCUGGCACGGAUCUCCCUGAAGAAGGAGCCGCUGUACGUCGGCGUGGACGACCACAAGGACAGCGCCACCGUGGACGGCCUGGAGCAGGGCUACGUGGUGUGUCCGUCGGAGAAGCGCUUCCUGCUGCUGUUCACCUUCCUGAAGAAGAACCGUAAGAAGAAGCUGAUGGUGUUCUUCUCCUCCUGCAUGUCGGUCAAGUUCCACUACGAGCUUCUCAACUACAUCGACCUCCCGGUCAUGGCCAUCCACGGCAAGCAGAAGCAGACCAAGCGGACCACCACCUUCUUCCAGUUCUGUAACGCCGACUCCGGCAUCCUGCUGUGCACCGACGUGGCGGCGCGCGGCCUCGACAUCCCCGAGGUCGACUGGAUCGUCCAGUACGACCCGCCGGACGACCCCAAGGAGUACAUCCACCGGGUCGGCAGAACCGCCAGAGGCAUCGACGGCCGCGGCCACGCCCUGCUCAUCCUGCGACCCCAGGAGCUGGGCUUCCUGCGCUUUCUGAAGCAGGCCAAGGUCCCGCUGAGCGAGUUUGAGUUCUCCUGGAGCAAGAUCUCCGACAUCCAGUCUCAGCUGGAGAAACUGAUAGAAAAGAACUACUACCUGCACAAGUCGGCCCAGGAGGCCUACAAGUCGUACGUCCGGGCCUACGACUCUCACUCUCUGAAGCAGAUCUACAGCGUCAGUACCCUGAACCUCCCCAUGGUGGCGCUGUCCUUUGGAUUCACCGUGCCGCCCUACGUUGACCUCAACGUUCACAGCAGCAAAGGCCGGAAGCUGCAGAAGCGCGGCGGCGGCGGCGGCUUCGGCUACCAGAAGGAAAAGAACGUCAGGAAGUCCCGGAUCUUCAAACACGUCAGCAGAGGGCCGAGCGACCGCCGACAGUUCUCCCGCUGAGCUGGCGCCCCCCGCUGGGCUGGCGCUGCGUGGCGCCCCCUCCUGUAAAUGUCCUGUAAAACUCAACAUUUCUAAUAAAGAAAACAAAGUUUU